AACACAAUAUGUAAACAAAUAACAAAACUCUCGCUUUAUUUUGGUUUCAUUUUUAUGCAUUUAAUUACAAUUAGACUUAUAAUACGAUAGUUUCAUAUAUAUGAAACAUAUAUACAUACAUUGUGGACAGUCGUGUGAAAUAUGGGGAACUGUUGUUUCGGGGAAAGUGAUGACAACUACACCAUCGCCACCGCCAACACCAAUUCCACUUCUGGUCAACCGUUGGCUACCAAUCAAAGUCAAUAUAAGUCAGUCUCCAGAGAAGAGGUGGCGGCGGCGGCUGAACGACGGGUUGCGGAUCAGAAGACUCGCGGAGCCAAAGGUGUCGUCAAUCUGAAGGCCAGGAGCGCUGAUUUGCCACAAAAUAUGGACUCAGGACUCAAAUGGCAG